AUGAGUUAUAAUAAUCCAUACGAAGAAGAAAAUCCAUAUGCGGAGAACUAUGAAAUGAAUGGUAAUAAUAAUAAUCAACAACAACCUUCAUCUUCAGCUCAUUUACAAUCACAAAAUGGUAAUCAAGGUGAUUUUGUACAAUUUAUGAACAAAAUUAAUGAAAUUAAUGAAAAUUUAGAUAGAUAUGAAACUAUUAUUAAUAAUAUUGAUUCAUUACAUAAGAAUUUAUUAACUCAAGUCAAUGAAGAACGUGAAAUAGAAGUUAGACAUCAAUUAGAUAAUUUAAUAUCUCAAGCAUCAAAUUUACAAUAUCAAUUAAAGACAGAUAUUAAAUUGGCUCAACAAGAUGGUUUACAUGAUUCAAAUAAACAAGCUCAAGCAGAAAAUUCAAGACAAAGAUUUUUGAAAUUAAUUCAAGAUUAUAGAAUUAUUGAUUCAAAUUAUAAAGAAGAAAACAAAGAACAAGCCAAGAGACAAUAUAAAAUUGUUCAACCGGAAGCUACUGAUGAUGAAGUCGAAGCUGCAAUUAGUGAUGUUGGUGGUCAACAAAUCUUCUCUCAAGCUUUGUUAAAUGCUAAUAGACGUGGUGAAGCAAAGACUGCUUUAGCUGAAGUUCAAGCAAGACACCAAGAAUUAUUAAAAUUAGAAAAGACAAUGGCUGAAUUGACUCAAUUGUUUAAUGAUAUGGAACAAUUAGUUAUUGAACAAGAAGAAAACAUUGAAGUUAUCGAUAAAAAUGUAGAAAAUGCACAACAAGAUAUUGAACAAGGUGUUGGUCAUACUAAUAAAGCUGUGAAAAGUGCUAAAAGAGCAAGAAGAAAUAAAAUUAGAUGUUACAUUAUUUUGUUUUUGAUUUUCGCUGUUGUUGUUGUUGUCGUCGUUGUACCAUCUGUUGUUGUUACAAGACGUAACUGA